AUGCGUGAGAUGGACACAAGCAGUGUAGAUGUGGAGGGAGCUGGGGUGGCUGCGCCCGAGGCGGCUGUGGCUGCGCCCGAGGCGGCUGCUUCCCUGGCCGAGGUCGCGCCGCUGGCGGCGGGCAGCGACCCUCCCGCGCUUCUCCCCGAGGAGGCGGAGGCGGUCGCCGAGCCACGUGAUGAGCUGCCCGGUUACUUGGAAGAUUUGACGGACCAGCAGCAUCGGGAGCUUCGCGACCGGCGCAAUGAGGAGCGGUCCAAGGCGGGCCACACGGGGUUCACCCCUUCGACAGAGGCGUCAGACGGGAGCUGGGGGGACGUGGAGUGGAGCCCCGACCAGCAGCAGCAGCCUGCCCAGUGCCGAACGCCGCAGCAGCAGCAAGUCCCUCCCCGGGCACGACGCGCAACCUGGAGGCAGAGCUGGACCAGAACACAUACCGUGGAGCUUGCCGGCAAGGCAGGCAACAUCAAGGUGGACCUCGGGGCAAGCUGGAUCCACGGCCUGACCGGCAACCCGCUUGUGGCGCUGGCAGGGCAGGCGGGCGUGGCGUUGGCCAAGCAGCCAACAGAUUAUGAGAACAGCGUGCUGUAUCUUCCCGACGGCAGGGAGGCAAGCGACGCGCAGUGGCUCAAGUGGGAAGCAACCUUCAGCGAGUUUGAAGAGUAUGUGUCGGAGCUGCAGGCCAGGGACGACCCCCUCGGCCGCGACCCAGGCCUGGGUGCCGCCGCCCGCCAGUUCAUACAGGGCAAGCGGCUGACGGGGCUGGACCGCCAGGCCUUCCUCUUCGAGGUCAACACGUUUGUGGAGCAGGAGUAUGCCGCCUCUGUGGCCAACCUGUCUCUGUUCUUCAAUUACGACUCCGGGCUGGGCGAUGGCGACAAGCUUGUGACCGGAGGCUACCAGAACCUGGUGAAGUGGCUGGCUAGGGGCAUCGAUGUGCGACUGGGACACAAGGUCAUCGCCAUCGACUCCUCCCGUCCGGACCGUAUUGCGGUGGCGGUGGCUGGCAGGGGCACCUUCACCGCGCGGCGCGUGGUGGUGGCGGUGCCGCUGGGUGUGAUGCAGGCGGGCAGCAUCCGGUUCAAGCCGUCGGGCUUGCCGGCAGCCAACCGCAGGGCGCUGGGCAUGCUGGGCAGCGGGAUGCUUAACAAGGUGGUCCUGGUGUUUGACCGGGUGUUCUGGGAUGCGGAUGUGGAGGCCAUCAAUCGCAUCGCUCCCGCCGGCAACGGCGCCUUCCAGGAAACGCUCAACCUGUUCCCCGUCACAGGCCAGCCUGUGCUGGUGGCAUUCAACGCCGCCAACUACGCGCGGCACCUGGAGAAGAAGAGCGCCAAGCAGGUGAAGGACGAGUUCCUGGCGGUACUGCGCAGCCUGUACGACGACGUCCCGGAGCCGCGCAGCUACAAGGUGACGGCCUGGGGCCGCGACGAGUUCUCCCUGGGCAGCUACUCGUAUACCAAGGCGCCGGUGGCUGGCGAGGAGGGCUUCAUCCGGGCGCACCGCGACACCGCCAAGCCCAUGGCUGGCAACCGCAUCUUCUUUGCCGGGGAGCACACCAGCGUCAACGAGCCCGCCACAGUCCACGGCGCCUACUGGUCGGGCCAGCAAGCGGCGCGUGACGUGAUUGCCAACGAGCUGCCGCCGCUGGAGCCGUGGCCGCACGCUGGGGAGCCCAUUUCCCGAGCUGCCACGCCGCCUUCCUCUUGGUAUGCGCAGCCCGGGGUGCUAGAACGGGAAGAGAGUGCCGUCUUCCAGCGCAGCUGGCUGGCAGUGGCCCACGCCAACCGGGUGGCAGCACCGGGAGCCUACACCGCCGGCAGCCUGCUCAGCCUGGAGUGGCUGGCCUGCCGGGACGAGCAGGGCGGGCUGCAUGCCUUCCACAACGUGUGCCGCCACCACGCCGCCAUUCUGGCUCAGGGGGCAGGCACAGCGAGCUGCUUCCAGUGCCCGUACCAUGGCUGGACGUAUGGGCUGGACGGCCGUCUGCAGCGGGCGACUCGAUUAAAGGGAAUAGAAGACUUCCGGGCUGCAGACCACGGCCUGGUGCCGCUGCAGGUCGAAGAGUGGGGCGGCUUUGUCUGGGUGCGGCAGCGGCAUUUUUACGGCGGCAGCUCGCGGCCGGCAGCAGCCAGCGCCAGCAGCGGGGGAGGCAGCAAGGCGAUCAGGCAGCAGGAGCAGCAGCAGCAGCAGCAGCAGGCGGGGCAGGAGGAAGGGGUGGCGGCAUGGCUGGGCCCAGGAGGCAGUGCCGCGGCGCUGGCAGCGGGCAUAGCAGACAGCCUUGUGCUUGUCGCCAGCAGGGAGUAUGAAAUCGCGUGCAACUGGAAGGUCUUCAUCGACAACUACCUGGAUGGCGGCUACCACGUGAGCGUGGCGCACCCUGAGCUGGCAUCUGGCCUGGACCUGGCCACCUAUCGCUCCACCCUCUGCGAGCGCCUCUCCAUUCAGUCCUGCCAGCCCGCGGCGGCGGCAGCAGCAGCGGAAGCAGGGGAGGCGCAUGCAGGCACAUCGGGCGGCAGCGCCGGCGAGCAGGGCAUGUGGCGGCGGCAGAGGAUCGCGGGCGGCAGGCCGCCGGCGUACGGCCCCUGGCUCGAUGCCAAUUACGUCGUGCCGCUGGCGGCCAACCGAUGCAAGGUCCUCUUUGACUACUUUCUUGACCCCAGCCUGGCGGGCGAUGCCGGUUUCAUCGAGGAGAGCCUGGCAGCCAGCCACCGCGUGCAGCUGGAGGAUGUGGCGCUGUGCGAGUCGGUGCAGCGAGGCCUGGCCUCGGCAGCCUACGACACCGGCAGGUAUGCUCCGGGGGUGGAGGGGCCCAUGUUCCACUUCCACCAGCUGCUUCACGCAGACCUGGCGGCGGAGUGCUGA